ACUUGUAUUAUAUUUUUCGUGGGGGUCUUCUUUUUCUUUACCUUCUCUUCUUACACCACAGGACCACACCAGCUUUUUUUCUUCGAUUUGUUGAUCUGCUUCUUCAGAUAUGUUGGUCUCGAUCUUCCCCUUAAAUGGCCACUUGGAAUCCUAGAGAGAGAGAGAGAGAGGGAGAGGGAGAGAGAGAGGUAGAAAGUGGGUGAAUUUUGAAAUUUUGAUUGGAAUUGUGAGAUGGGAUUGUGUGUGUGGACUGUGGGGAAGAAGGUAGGUGAUGACUGAUAAGUGAUUGUUGAAAAAGUUUUGAACUUUUUGUUGGGGGGCUUUUGAUUUUUUGCUUGGAGUUUUGAUAUGGGUGGGUGCUUUCCUUGUUUUGGGUCAUCCAAAAACAAAGAGGGCAGUGGUGGUGGUGGUGGUGUCAAGGAAGUGACCAAGAAGGACUCAUCAGUUAAAGAAGGCUCAGCUGCUCAGUCUCACCGUGUUACAAGAGUUAGCUCUGACAAAAAGUCUCGGAAUGGUUCUGAUCCCAAGAAGGAACCACCUAUUCCAAAAGAUGGCUCGACAGCACACAUUGCUGCACAGACAUUUACCUUCCGAGAGCUCGCAGCUGCAACGAAGAAUUUUAGGCCAGAAUGUUUGUUGGGUGAAGGUGGUUUUGGACAUGUCUACAAAGGUCGCUUGGAGAGCACAGGACAGGUAGUUGCCGUGAAACAACUUGACCGGAAUGGCCUUCAAGGAAAUCGAGAGUUUUUGGUGGAGGUUCUUAUGCUCAGCCUUCUGCAUCACCCAAACCUUGUCAACUUGAUAGGCUAUUGCGCUGAUGGGGAUCAACGCCUCCUUGUUUAUGAGUUUAUGCCUUUGGGAUCCUUGGAGGAUCAUUUACACGAUCUUCCAUCAGACAAGGAGCCCCUGGACUGGAAUACAAGAAUGAAGAUUGCAGCUGGUGCAGCUAAGGGUUUGGAAUACUUGCAUGAUAGAGCAAACCCUCCCGUCAUAUACAGAGACUUGAAGUCGUCAAACAUCCUUCUUGACGAGGGCUUUCACCCAAAGUUAUCUGAUUUUGGGCUUGCAAAACUAGGUCCCGUUGGUGACAAGACGCACGUGUCCACCCGUGUGAUGGGAACAUAUGGCUACUGUGCUCCAGAAUAUGCUAUGACUGGCCAACUCACUCUGAAGUCUGAUGUCUACAGUUUUGGAGUCGUCUUCCUUGAACUUAUUACAGGGAGAAAAGCCAUUGAUAAUACCCGAGGUCCUGGAGAGCAUAAUCUUGUUGCAUGGGCACGGCCACUUUUCAAGGAUCGUAGGAAGUUCCCGAAAAUGGCCGAUCCACUAUUGCAAGGCCGUUACCCAAUGCGAGGGCUUUACCAAGCUCUUGCUGUUGCAGCCAUGUGUUUGCAGGAACAAGCGGCUACAAGGCCUCUAAUAGGGGAUGUUGUGACUGCUCUCACGUACUUAGCCUCCCAAACAUAUGAUCCAAAUGCAGCCACUACUCCUAGCAACAGAGGUGGUUCAUCUACUCCUAGGCACAGGGAUGAACGAAGGAACAUGGGAGAUGGGCUAGAUAGCCCAGAUGAGUAUGUACGUGGUGGGCGACAUGGUUCUCCGGCUACGCAUAAAAACUCACCUGAUUUCAGAAGAAGAGACCCCAAUAGGGACUUGAAUACCGGCGUAGAAUUAGGGAGGAUUGAAACUGGCACUGGGUCUGGGAGAAGAUGGGGUUUAGAUGGGUUGGAACGACAAGAGUCUCAGAGAGACAGCCCACAAAGUGCUGGGAGAGCACGGGAAACUCCAAGAAACCGUGAUCUAGAUAGAGAACGUGCAGUUGCUGAGGCAAAGGUUUGGGGCGAAAAUUGGAGAGAAAAGAAGCGAGCAAAUGCGAUGGGUAGCUUUGACGGAACAAAUGAGUGAAUGCAGCAACAAGGCAAGUAAAAUUUUCUUCCGAGGAAAAAUGUGUUGAAAGUUACUGGGGGAACAUUGCGAUGAAAGAGAAAUUGCGAGAGCUACAUUCAUCCUUUACAUAUUGGUGUCCAUGCUCACUGAGGGAAUACGUGCUGUGUCAUCCUCCGGCUUUGGCUAUUGUUUGCUUGUGAUAUCAUUCUUGUAGUUGAGUAUGGAAACUGAAUGCUCGGGUAUUGCGAUAAAGGAAGAAACACGGUAAGAGAAAGGGAUUGGAGGAAGGGGGGUAGUUUAAUGAUUUUCGGGUAGCGCCCGACAACAGAAUGGUUGUAUGCAACAUUUUGGUCUUUGUAUUAAUUUUCCGAUGCUCGUAUUACAGGACAGGAGGGAAAUUUGUCGGAAUGAUGUGUAAUUUUUGCCCCUUAUGAUGUGUAGCCUGUAGAUUUUGGGGAAUUAGUGAGUUUGGUUUUGAUGAUGCUGUUACAUGUUUGUACUCUCAUACAAUCUCAUGUAUGAAUGGAUUUCUGAGUCAUGUUUUCAGCCUAUACAGAAACGUCUGAUCCCAUGUAAAAUUCCUCCUUUUGUGAAGUUAUCUUCCCUUCGUGUUU